CGAGUUCAAUCUGGCGACUCGUGAAGAAACUGAGUUCCGAGUCAUGGAUAUCCCGCACGCGUGACAAUUUAACUCGGGCAGGGAUAAGGGGGGAGAGGCAGUUGUUUUCUCCCAAUAGGGCUUCUCUCUCUCUCUCUCUCUAUUCCCUCUCUCUGUGACGCUCUCUCUUUCUCUCGCAAAGCUCCCAGAGGCGUCUCUAAUGGCGGUUAUCAAACCCUAGCUAGGAUCUGCCCGAAGCCACCUGGAUUUUGCAGCAUUUUAGAUGAAGUAUUAUCCAUAUCUUACUGCUUAGGGAUAGGGGAGGGGCUUUAAUUUUGGGUAAAAAGCUUAGGGUUUUUGUGGCGGCUUGAUUUCCGGUUGGAAUCCAAUCGGAUUGGCUAAAUGGACAAUCCGGUAGUUAAAAAAAGGGGUCGCCCUAGGAAGCGUAAAGCGGAGGAUGAAAAGGACCGGAAAUCGGGUCCUGAAGCUAAGAAACGGGUUGUUGAGACAAGGUCGAUUGUGUUGGUGGGUAGAUAUGUGUUGAAAGACUUCGGGAGGAGUGGGGUUUUUCUUGGGAGAGUUGUGUAUUACAAUGCCGGGUUGUACAGAGUUAAUUACGAAGAUGGCGAUUGCGAGGACUUGGAGAGUGGCGAGAUUCGUGGCAUCCUUGUUCGUGAUGAUGAUCUUGACACUGGUUUGAGCGUUAGGAGGAAGAAGUUAGAUGAUUUGGUGUUGAAAUUGAGUAGGGAAACUGCAGCUGGGUUGGAUAAGAAUGUGACAAAAUCAGCCCAUGAGGUGGAUAGGAUUGAUUCACCUGCAUUGGGUGAGUUGAGUGGUGGAGUAAAGAUCAAAAGUGAUGAGAUUCAAAUUGAAGGUGGUGAUGAUUCGUCUAGUGAUUCGAGUGAGUAUGCAGAGGAUAAGGAUAUGGGUUUUGGUGAUGAGCCACUGUCUGUCCCACCGCCACAGUUGCCGCCUUCUUCAGGAACCAUAGGCGUGCCAGAGCAAUAUGUUUCACAUCUUUUCUCCGUGUAUGGUUUCUUGCGAUCAUUUAGCAUCUCCCUGUUCUUGAACCCAUUUACAUUGGAUGAUUUUGUGGGUUCGCUUAAUUGCAUUGCUCCAAACACACUGUUGGAUGCAAUUCAUGUUGCUUUACUGCGUGCCUUGCGGGGUCAUCUUGAAACACUCUCAUCUGAUGGCUCAGAGGUAGCACAAAAGUGUUUGAGGUGCAUUGAUUGGAACUUGAUUGAUACAUUGACUUGGCCUGUUUACUUGGUCCAGUAUUUGACAAUUAUGGGAUAUGCAAAAGGACCUGAGUGGAAAGGCUUUUAUAAUGAGGUUAUGGACAAGGAGUAUUAUCUAUUAUCAGUUGGUAGAAAGUUAAUUAUUUUGCAAAUCCUUUGCGAUGAUGUCUUAGAUGCUAAGGAUCUGAGAGAUGAAUUAGACAUGCGCGAAGAAUCAGAAGUUGGAAUAGAUUGUGAUGCAGAAGUGACUAAUCCUCUUGUAAGUGGGCCAAGAAGAGUCCAUCCGAGAUAUUCCAAAACUUCUGCCUGGAAGGACAGAGAAGAGGUGGAAAUUAAUCGGGCAUCUGGUAAUGCAAAUUCAUUUAGUUCCAAAGGUGUGAAAGAGGAUGUGGAUGAUGUAGAUCGUAACUCUGAUGAAUGUCGGCUUUGUGGUAUGGAUGGAACCUUGCUUUGCUGUGAUGGGUGUCCUUCUGCUUAUCACACAAGGUGUAUAGGUGUUAUGAAAUUGUCUAUACCGGAAGGGUCCUGGUAUUGUCCUGAGUGCACAAUUAAUAAGAUUGGACCAACAAUUACAAUGGGAACAUCCGUUAAAGGAGCACAAAUAUUUGGCAUCGAUUCCUACGAGCACAUCUUCAUGGGUACUUGCAACCACUUACUGGUGCUCAAGGCAACUAUCAACACAGAACCAUGUAUUAGAUAUUACAAUCAGAAUAACAUUCCAAAAGCCCUUAAAGUUUUACAUUCAUCUGGCCAACAUACAGCUUUAUACUCAGAGGUCUGCAAGGCAAUUUUACAAUAUUGGAGUAUCCCAGAAAGUGUCUUCUCUCUUCCACAAGCGACUGAAACAGAAAUUCCAUUGGAAAAUACAAAGGAAGGUGCAAAAUCUUCUAUGCAGUCACUUCCUUUGCCUGGCAAGGAAAAUCAUACAGUUACAGCUCCGAUUAAGGCUGAGAAUCAUGUGACUAGUGUAAGUGAAACCAACUUAGGUUACAUGGCAGCUUCAUCUCUCAAUGCCUCUGAUAAGAUUCAAGUUGACCUUCCUAAUUCUCAGAGCAAUGGGGUCAGUACACCACAGGAGCGCCGGCCUUUGAUUAUCAAGAUACGUACAAGGCAGAAAAUGGAAUUCUCUGUGCCAACUGCUACUGGUACCCAGCUGGCUGAUCCAUCUCAUCUGACCCACCAAAUCUCAGUUGCAAUACCUCGUAGUACAUGCACCUCAGGGAACAUCAACAACUGUCACAAUGAGCAUGCAUGCAUGGGGGCUUUUUAUAAACCUCAGGCAUACAUAAAUUACUAUAUGCACGGGGAGUUUGCUGCAUCUGCUGCUUCCAAACUUGCUGCAAUAUCAUCAGAAGAAACUCGAGUCUCAGAUAGUCAUGCUUUAGGCAAUCCCAGGAAAGCUGCAUCUGCAAACAUUUCAUUGCAAACAAAAGCCUUCUCAUUAACAGCCUCACGUUUCUUUUGGCCAAGUUCUGAAAAGAAGCUUGUGGAGGUUCCAAGGGAGAGGUGUGGUUGGUGUCUUUCUUGUAAGGCUUCAGUUUCAAGCAAGAGAGGAUGUAUGCUAAAUCAUGCUGCUUUGAGUGCCACCAAAGGUACUAUGAAGACCCUUGCCAGCCUGCAUCCUAUAAAGAAUGGGGAGGGGAAUAUUGUAAGCAUUGCAACAUAUGUAUUGUACAUGGAGGAGAGUUUACGUGGCCUCGUAACUGGACCAUUUGUCAAUGAAAAUUAUAGAAACCAGUGGCGCAAACAAAUUUAUCAAGGAUCAACUUUCAGUGCAAUAAAAGCGCUAUUGCUUGAACUUGAGGCAAAUAUACGAACCAUUGCUCUGUCUGGGGAGUGGAUAAAGCUUGUGGAUGAUUGGUUGGUUGAUUCAUCCAUGAUUCAAAGUCCAACUUGCUCUGUUGGUACAACACAAAAACGCGGACCAAACAGAAGGGGCAGGAAGCAGAAUGCAAUUCAUGAUGAUAAAGAUGAUGAUUGCCAUGACCAGAGUUUUGUCUGGUGGCUAGGUGGGAAGCUAUCAAAGCUUAUAUUUCAGAGAGCAAUUUUAUCUCGUUCUUUGGUUAAAAAAGCAGCUCGCCAAGGUGGUUGGAAGAAAAUUUCUGGUAUAUCUUAUGCUGAUGGUUCUGAGAUUCCUAAAAGAAGCAGACAAUCAGUAUGGAGGGCUGCAGUUGAAAUGAGUAAGAAUGCACCACAGCUUGCGCUUCAGGUCAGAUAUUUGGAUUGUCACCUGAGAUGGAGUGAUCUUGUUCGUCCUGAGCAGAACGUCCCUGAUGGGAAGGGUGUGGAGACAGAAGCUUCUGUUUUUAGAAAUGCAAAUAUAUGUGAUAAAAAAUUUGUGAAGAACAGUAACAUAUAUGGGGUUGAUUUCGGUGGUCAAAAGCAUCUGCCUAACCGUGUAAUGAAGAGUAUCAUUGAAAUAGAGGAAAGUCAAGAUGGAUAUAACAAGUUUUGGUUUCCUGAACUGCGCAUUCCUUUGUAUUUGAUUAAAGAAUAUGAAGAAAGGGUGGGCAAAGCUCUUUUGCCAUCAGCUGAGCAGCCUUUGAAUAUGUUCCGCAAGUUACAGAAAGAGCAGUGGAAGGUUCCCCGCAGGGAUAUAUUUUUCUAUCUUGUGUGUAAGAGAGAUAAUCUGGACUUGUGUUCCUGCUCUUCAUGUCAACUGAAUGUUUUAAUGCGGAAUGCAGUCAAGUGCAGUGCCUGUCAAGGUUAUUGUCAUGAGGACUGUACCAUAAGUUCAACAGUUUCUACAAAUGAAGAAGUUGAGUUUUUGAUCACUUGCAAGCAGUGCUACCAUGCAAAGGCUCUCAUUAAAAAUGAAAACUUGAAGGAGUCUCCAACUAGUCCUUUGCACUUGCAAAUGCAGGAAUAUCGAACUCCCAUGACAGUCACCAGUGUUGCAAGGCCUAAAAACUACAAUCAACCAGUAACACAUGUCAGAGGGCAGGGGACUCGUUCUGAGAAGAAACAGGCAACUUCAGACUCUGCUUUGGCAGCAAAAAAUCGUCACGGCAUUCGUUCCUGGGGUAUUAUAUGGAAGAAGAAGGGGGGCCCGGAAACUGACACUGAUUUCCGGCUUAAUAAUAUACUUCUUGCAGAUGGUUCAGAAGUGCAUGGGUUGUAUCCUGUUUGCCACCUGUGCCAUAUGGCAUAUCAGUCAGAUCUGAUGUAUAUAUGCUGCGAAACUUGCAAAAAUUGGUACCAUGCUGAAGCUGUUGAGCUUGACGAGUCAAAGAUUUCUGAAGUGGCUGGUUUCAAGUGUUGCAAGUGUCGGAGGAUAAAAUCACCUGUGUGUCCUUACACUGAUCCUACAAACAUAAAGACGCAAGAGAACAAGAAGGUUCACACUAGGCGUCCAAAGCAAGAAACAGUUGGAGAAGACUCUGAUUCUGCAACCUUUUCCAUAUCUGAUUCUAAAGUCUGCGAACCUGCUACUCCAAUAUUUCCCAUGGAGGAAGUGCCCAUGCAGGAUGGUGAUCCUCUUCUCUUUUCUCUUGCUAAAGUCGAGUUAGUUACAGAGUACGAUUCAGAAGUUAAUGCUCAAUGGAAUACUGCUGAGCCGGGGCCGAGGAAAUUACCAGUGAGGAGGGGUAUUAAGCGUGAAGAGGAUGUAGAUGGCUUUCAUGAGAGUAACAUAUCUCAUCCUGGAAUAUCUACACAUGGUGAAACGAAUUACCUGUCAAAUUCUAUGGACUUCGCACCAUCCCAUGUUGGAUGGGAUAACUCCAUGAAUGGAGUUGAAGGUGAGACGGUGCAUGACUAUGAAGAUCUAAACUACGAGAAUAUGGAACCGCAAACUGUCUUCACUAUCAAUGAGUUGCUGGCACCUGAUGAUGGUGACCAGUUUGAUGGAUUCCAAGCACUUGUAGACGAAUCAGGAAAUCUGGAAAACCAAUAUACAGUUUUCCAGGAUGGAGGCCCUGAUCAAUAUAACAUGGCUACUUUCAGUGAUGAAGUAAAGUCUGCUGUUGAGAUGAUGCAAUGUCAGGUAUGUUCACUUCAAGAACCAUCACCCAAUCUUUCCUGCCAGAACUGUGGGCUAUUGAUACACAGUGAGUGUUCUCCUUGGAUUGAAUCAUCAUUGGCGAAUGGAAGCUGGAAGUGUGGCCAGUGCAGAGAGUGGCGGUAGCUGUUUUUGCCAUCCUUCUAAGGCUUCAAGCUUUGUUUCGGAGGGAGAUCUCCUGGACGAGAAGUUGCAAGGUAAUGACUCUUGAUGGUUGUUAAAUUUUUUGAUUUAUGAGAAGGCGAGACAUCAAAUAUGGAAAUUUCAGUUCUCUUUACUUCCCACCGGCGUUUCUGAGCCUCUAGCACAUUCAGUUACAUUGAGAAGUUUGGGAAGCUGAAUUGUGACUUCCCAAUUAAAAAAUGGUUGGGCACCUCAAUGUUAAUUAGUAGGGGGUUUGGAGCUCUACUGUAAAGUGUCCAAUUUUUCCGUAACCAGAAAAUGGGGAGUUAUUGUUUCACUGCCUUCGUAUUUUUUGGGUCUGAACAAAGAGUUCAGACGAUAAGCAGGUUUUUGGGGCUUAUCUGAUUGAAUUGCUUGUGUAAAUGAAAUUCAGACCACAAUUUUUCAUGUUAUGAAAUCAUGUCGUAAUGAGGAGUA